AUGGAUGCUCGGUCCGCAGCAGAUUCACAGGCGCAAUUUCGUAAUGGAGGAGCAUCCAGCCCCCAGUCGUCCGGUCCCUUACCUUCCACCCCAUCCUCUGGACCGCCCAAAGUUCAGCAACCAAAGCCACAAGCACUUCCCAACCGGUCUGGGCCUUCCGCGAUUCUCGUGUCUACGCGACAAAAGGGCAAUCCUAUUCUGAACCACAUCAAGCUUGUGCCUUGGGAAUAUACCGAGACUCCCGCUGACUAUGUGAUCGGGGUGACGACAUGUGCCCUGUUUCUGUCUCUGAAAUACCACCGGCUACAUCCCGAGUACGUUUACUCACGAAUUCGACUCCUCGCCGGCAAAUUCAACCUACGCAUUGUGCUGGUUAUGGUUGACAUCCCCAAUCAUGAAGAAGUACUUAAAGAGUUGUCGAAAACGUCUAUCGUCAACAAUCUCACCCUAAUUCUUUGCUGGUCCGCACCCGAAGCUGCCCAUUACCUCGAACUGUUCAAGUCAUCUGAGAAUGCACAACCCACUGCGAUUCGUACCCAGCAAGCGCAGUCAUACAAAGACUCCUUAGUGGAGUUUGUCACAACCCCUCGCACUAUCAACAAGUCGGACGCUGCAAGUCUGAUAUCCACAUUUGGAAGCUUACAGAAUGCCGUCAACGCCCAACCAGAACAGAUUAACUCUGUUCCUGGCUGGGGUGAGAAAAAGGUCCAGCAAUGGUGCAAUGCUGUCCGGGAGGAUUUCCGGGUUGAAUCGACGAAAAAGGCUGCGGCUCCUCGGCCUGCAACGCAAACUAAACCACCAAGGCUUACAAGUCGGCCACGGCAGGCUGAAUUUGAUGAAGACGAGGAGAUCCUACGAGCUGUGCUGGCAGAGAGCCGCGAGACAGCAGCGGUAGAGGCAGCAGCGCACCAGAGCCCGCCGAAGUCAAGUAAACCGACCGAGGAAUUGAGUGACGGUAUCAUGGCUGCUCUAGCGAAAUUGCGAGAUACCGACGGAUGA